AUGAACUUUGAGGACGUGGCCAUUGUAUUCUCUCAGAAGGAAUGGGGGCUCCUUGAUGAGGCUCAGAGACUUCUGUACUGCGAUGUGAUGCUGGAAGUGUUUGCACUUGUGACAUCUGUAGGUUGUUGGCAUAAAAUCAAUGGUGAUGAGGUCUGUUCUGUAUUUAUACAAGGAGAGUCGCUGGUCAGGGCUUCUAAGACAGCUCCAAGCACCCAGAAGAUUCCUCUUUGUAAGCGGUGUUUCUCUGUGUUAAAAGGUAUUUUGCACCUGUCUGGUUCACAUGCAGCAUACUUUGAGCAGAAAGCCUUCUGUAGUGACACACGUGUUGGAGACUUCUGUUUCAGUGCAAACCCUCACCAGCAACAGAGGAAUGAAUGUGGAGACGAGCCCUGGAAAGAAGCUAUGCACAGGGCUUCCUUUGUGAGCAGGUGCAGCUUCUACUUAUAUUCGGUGCCUUCACCCAGCAGGGAGGUUGGGGAAGACUUGCAGUACAACUCAGAGCUUCCCAAGCACCAGGCCACUCUCAAUACUGAAGAGCUACACUGUGGCAGUGAAAUUUCCCAGGAAUUUCACAGUGGAAAAAGUCAUCACCAGUGGGGUGAAUGUGAAAAUGCUGCCAGCCACAACCUGAAAGUUGUUCAAAGUCACGGUGACUGUUCUGGAGAACUGCUUUAUGAGUGUAACAAAUGUAGGAAAGUAUUUAGACGAAUUUUUAACCUCGUUCAACAUAAGAGAGUUCACACUGGAGAAAAGCUGUAUGAGUGUAGAGAAUGUGGGCUGUCCUUUCCUCUAAGGGCUCACCUCACUAAACACCUCAGAGUUCACACUGGAGAGAAGCCAUAUGAGUGUACUGAAUGUGGAAAGUCUUUUACCAAAAAAUAUAUACUGAAUAGACACUUCAGAGUUCACAGUGGCGAGAAGCCAUAUGAGUGCAGCGGUUGUGGAAAGUCCUUCAGUGAUAAGGCUGCCCUCAAACAACACCAGAGAGUUCACUCUGGAGAAAAGCCCUAUAAGUGUGGAGAAUGUGGGGUGUCAUUUCGUGUAAGGUCUCACCUCACUGGACACCUCAGACUUCACACUGGAGAGAAGCCAUAUGAGUGUACUGAAUGUGGGAAGUCUUUUUGCCAAAAAUACAACCUUACUAAGCACCUGAGAGUUCACAGUGGCAACAAGCCAUAUGAGUGCUGUGAUUGCGGAAAAUCCUUCAGUGAUAAAUCUUACCUCAAAGAACACCAGAGAGUUCACACGGGAGAGAAGCCAUAUGAGUGUGCUGAAUGUGGGAAGUCUUUUAGCCAAAACUCCAGCCUUAUUAAGCACCUGAGAGUUCACAGAGGCGAAAAGCAAUGUGAGUGCCGUGAUUGUGGAAAAUCCUUUAGUGAUAAGUCUUACCUCAAACAUCACCAGAGAAUUCACACAGGAGAAAAGCCCUAUGAAUGCAGAGAAUGUGGGCUGUCCUUUCCUCUAAGGGCUCACCUCACUAAACACCUCAGAGUUCACACUGGAGAGAAGCCAUAUGAGUGUAAUGAAUGUGGAAAGUUUUUUAGCGAAAAAUAUAAAUUUAAUAGACACUUCAGAGUUCACAGUGGCGAAAAGCCAUAUGAGUGCUGUGAUUGUGGAAAGUCCUUCAGUGAUAAUUCUACCCUCAAACAACACCAGAGAAUUCACACUGGAGAAAAGCCCUAUAAGUGUGGAGAAUGUGGGAUGUCGUUUCGUGUAAGGUCUUCUCUCACUGGACACCUCAGAGUUCACACUGGAGAAAAGCCCUAUAAGUGUAGAGAAUGUGGGAUGUCGUUUCGUGUAAGGUCUUCUCUCACUGGACACCUCAGAGUUCACACUGGAGAAAAGCCAUAUGAGUGUACUGAAUGUGGGAAGUCUUUUAGCCACAAAUCUAGCCAUAUUAAACACCUGAAUGUUCACACUGAAGUAAAGUAUUAAAUGUGCAGGGAAUGUUUUCUUUUUCUCACUUAGUAUAACAACGCUGAAGGCGACUCUUUGGGACCUAUUUUUCUGAAUAUACACCCCAUUUAAUGGAACAUUCACUGUGAUAUAUUCCUCAUCAGUUUCAAGUACAAGUGAGGCUUGAAGGAGCUCCAUUGUACUUGCUAACAUGCCCAGACCUACUGCCCAAUUGAUGUCACAGCGAGCAUCUGUGGCUGAAGAAAUUUCACUUCUACCACCUGGCUCACCUGAAGAGUGUGCAUCAGUCACAACCUCUGUGUGCUCAGGGGAAAUGUAUUCUGUGUUCUCACUUGUGCUUGAGAAAAUCAUGAUUACUUCAAGCUCUUGACAGGAUCUUCCUUCCUUUCUGACUAGGGAAUGCUUCUGACCCAGGGUUUGUCCAGAGCACCCAUCAUCAGCUAAGGAGUGCUGCCACUUUCAGGGACAUUGUGGGUUUCACAUUAUGCUUUUAGGAAUUGUUUUACUUUCUAAUUCACCAAGCUGCAAAUUGCUUACUGUCCUCUGUUCUGAUUUAGUAAAGAUGUUUUUUUCUUUCGAGGCUUUAUUUAUUAUUUUUUAAAAUCUCACUGUCUGGAUGAUUUGAUACAAAAGUUGUGAUCUAUCAUCAUGGCGAGAUGCACAGAUAUGGUGGGGUCCCACAAACUUUCUGUGCUUUGGAAAGUUAUAAUAAUGUCAGAAAAAUCAGUCUUUGUCCAAUAAUGGCUUAUUUUAUACCACUGACCAAGGCAAUGAAAGAAAGUUUGCAUAACUUUGUGGUUCCAAUUUGCAGCCUGGUGCCUCUAAUGUUGGUGAGGUCAGUGGUCCCCCAGAAGAGGAGUCCUUUUUUGUGCUUCUAUCAUUGUUCUCACAUUAUCCUCUGAUGGGUCAUUUUAUGUUCCAAUUCACCAAAUUACAAACUGCUUGCCAUCCUCUGUUCUGGUUUAUGAUCUUUUUAGUAAAGGUGUUUUUUGCUUUUGUACCUUUAAUUUUGUGGGUUAUAGUCACUGCCUGGGAUGAUUUGAAAGGAUAGUUGUGAUCUGUCAGCAUGGAGAGGGGAACAAUAUGGUGGGGUCCCAAACUCUAUGUGCUUUGGAAGGCACAUAAUAAUGGCAAAAAUCCCUCUUUGGUCCAUAUUGCUUUAUUUUCUAUUGCUGACCAAGUCCUUUAAGGAAAAUCUGCAUGACUUUUUGGUUCUAAUUUUUUAGCCUGGUGCCUGUAUUAUUUGUGAGGUCAAUGAUCACCCGGAAGAAGAGUCCUUUGUUAUGCUUCUGUGAACAAUAUGAGUUAUAUUCUCUACUCAUAGUAUGUCUUACAUACUGCACAGGAGCCCUGUGCCAUGUUGUGUGAAAUAUCACAGGCUGGUUUCAUUUGUUAUUACACUGUGAAGUGCAAUUAAUAUUGGGAUAAACACUGUUUUCAUAGUGAGUGGAAGAGAUGGCAGUAUAGUGGAUGAAAAUUGCCUCUUCUGAACAUUAUCCAUAAAUGACCCAGUCCUGAAGCUUGUUUGUUCUUUUUGUAGCUGAAGUGAUUGGUUGCAAAAAGAAUCUCAUGGUUUUAGGGAUUCCCUGGGCCCCUCUAUGGUGUUCACCUCAAGGUUAUCACAACAGUCAGGAACUCAAAGCUAAAGGAAGGAUAAUCGUAUAAUUAGUCCCAGGUUGUGUGUUUUGUGACAAUUCGGCAUUCCUGAUCAUUCUGAUGGCAGUAGUCUUCACUUCUAGACAGUAUUUGCUGCCACAGAGGCAACAAUGAUUCUCUCAAGAAAUAAGGAGAGAGAUGGUUAUGUCUAUAUAGAGUUGCCAUCUUAAUUUUCUAACAACAGGGAUAGCUAUGUUUUUAUUUGGAACCACAAUUAAGGCUUUACUGACUAUUUGUACUGGGUAAUAAUGGUGAAUUUUGUAGUCAAAGAAAACACGAUAAUUUUAAGAGAAGUAUCAAAAGUGUAUGAAUUUCAUCAACCAGGCCUUUAGUGUUAUAUAUUUUAAAAUAUAUUUUUAUUGAUUUUUAGAGAAGGGCAGAUGGAGAGAAACAUCAAUCUCCUGCCUCCUGCAUGCCCACUACUGCACAUCGAGGCGGGCAUGUGCCCUGAUCUGGAAUCAAACCAAUGACCUUUCAGUGAAUGUGAUCAUGCCCAACAAUAUAAGACACAGUAGCCAUGAGAGUUUAUACUUUUAUUAUUUAUUUACCGUUGUAUUAUUUUCAAUACUAACAACUCUAAACCUAGUUUUACAUACCCUGUAUUUACUUCUUGCCCUUUUAUACUCUUCUGGAUUCUCUACCCUCCAUACAGCCAUUGAUUUACCUCCUCUUAUGAUAGAGUAGUUCAUAUUUUUCAUAAUUUUAUAGGCACUAUAUAAGGUGUAUAAUUUUUAACAAACUAUGACUUCUUUCUUGCUACACAGGUAUUUUUAGAUUCAACAGUAAUGUUUAUGUAAAUAGUUAAUUUUUUAUUGCUAAUAAUAUUGUAUUCUAUGGAUAACCACUUCAUCUAUUGAUCUGUCAAUGGUUUCGUUUAUUUCCAAAUUUGGGGUUUUAUAAAUAAAACUGCUGGGAAUAUUGCAUUCA